GGCCUCGUGAGUAGCUAUGUGUGGUUCAGAUUGUUCUCCAUUGAUUGUGUGAGUAGAGAUUUACUGUGUUCAUGAGGAAUCAUUCCUACUUUUCAGAACCCAUGAUAUUUGGCAGAUAGAAUCUUUGUACUCCAAGACUAUAGGAUAUGUAUGGAAAAUAGAUAUACUGUAUCUGCUUGGUAAAAAGAAGUCGAACUUCACCAACGUGUCAGCUUUUAGUUUUCAAACCUGGUUGUGAAAUUUCAAGAAAACUUCCAAUAUUUGAAUCUGUGAGAAGAACAACAAAAAGAAUGAGUGUGGCUCUGGGAAACACUCUACAGGGUUUCUUAACCUUCAAGGAUGUGGUUCCAGAGUUCACACUAGAGGAAUGGGAAAGUCUCACUUAUGCUCAGCGGGCACUGUACAUGGAUGUGAUUUUGGAGACAUACAACAAUCUAUUGUCUGUGGAAAAUCAUCUGAUACGUGGAAAACAAGGGAAGAUCUUGGAACAAGACACAGAGUGCAAUGUCCAUGAGCAUGUGAAUAUCCAAGAGAAGUUUUGUAAAUGGGAUGAAAUUAGCAAAAUGACUCUAGAUUCCACCCAAAGUACACCUUAUAAAACUCAUCUCCGAGAUUCCUCCCUUCGGUCCUCAAACCUGGAAAGACAUAGAGCUGGGAAUACGAGAGAAGUUCACAAAUAUAAAGACUGUGUACAGUUUUCUAAUGAAUGUGCUAUCGUUGGUGUAAAUUCUGGAAUCCACAUAGAGAACAAAGAACACAAAAAUACAGAAUUUGAUAAGGAUUUUGUCUGUAAACAUAAAGUGAUGCUGAAACAAAACAUUAAUGGUAAGAACCUUCACCAAUGUAGUGAAUGUGAGAAGUGCUUUACCAAAACAAGGAAGCUCCAUUUGCAUCGGAGAAUUCAUACAGGAGAGAAACCUUACAAAUGUAGUGAGUGUGACAAAUGCUUUGGCUGCAAAGGUAGUCUGAGAAUUCAUCAGAGAAUUCACACAGGAGAGAAAUCUUACAAAUGCAGUGAAUGUGACAAAUGCUUUGUCCAACAAUCCCAUCUUACUGUUCAUCAGAGAAUUCACACAGGAGAGAAACCUUACAAAUGCAGUGAAUGUGACAAAUGCUUUGGCCAACAAUCUCAUCGUAGUAUUCAUCAGAGAAUUCAUACUGGAGAGAAACCUUACAAAUGUAGUCAAUGUGACAAACAUUUUAUCCAAGAAUCUUGUCUUAAGCGUCAUCAGAGAAUUCAUACAGGAGAAAAACCUUACAAAUGUAGUGAAUGUGACAAAUGCUUUACUAAUAAACUCACUCUGAGAAGCCAUAUGAGAAUUCAUACAGGAGAGAAACCUUACAAAUGCAGUGAAUGUGACAAAUGCUUUGGCCGCAAAGGUAGUCUGAGAAUUCAUCAGAGAAUUCACACAGGAGAGAAACCUUACAAAUGAGUUCAUCAGAGAAUUCACACAGGAGAGAAACCUUACAAAUGUAGUCAAUGCGACAAACGUUUUACCCAAGAAUCUUGUCUUAGGCGUCAUCAGAGAAUUCAUACGGGAGAUAAACCUUACAAAUGUUGUCAAUGUGACAAAUACUUUGCCCAAGAAUUCUAUCUUAGUAUUCAUCAGAGAGUUCAUACCGGAGAGAAACCUUACAAAUGCAGUGAAUGUGAGAAAUGCUUUACUGAAAAAGGCACUCUGAGAAACCAUAUGAGAAUUCAUACAGGAGAGAAACCUUACAAAUGCAGUGAAUGUGAGAAAUGCUUUACUGAAAAAGGCACUCUGAGAAACCAUAUGAGAAUUCAUACAAGAGAGAAACCUUACAAAUGCAGUGAAUGUGACAAAUCCUUUGUCCAACAAUCCCAACUUAUUGUUCAUCAGAGAAGUCAUACAGGAGAGAAACCAUACAAAUGAAGUCGAUGUGACAAAUGUUUUGCCCAAGAAUCCUGUCGUAGGCGUCAUCAGAGAAUUCAUACAGGAGAUAAACCUUACAAAUGUGGUGAAUGUGCCAAAUUCUUUGCCGGAGAAUCCUAUCUCAUUAUUCGUUAGAGAAUUCAUACAGGAGAGAAACCUUACAAAUGUAGUGAAUGUGAGAAAUACUUUACAUACAAAUUUAAUAUUAGUAUUUAUCAGAGAAUUUAUACUGGAGAGAAGCCUUACAAAUGCAGAGAAUCUGCAAAUGCUUUACUGAAACAGGUACUCUGAAAAACUGUAUGAGAAUUCAUACAGGAAAUAAACCUUAAAAAUGCAAUGAAUGUGACAAAUGAUUUGACUAAGAAGUUAGUCCAAGAAUUUAUCAGAGAAUUCAUAUAGUAGAGAAACCUUACAAAUGCUUUGGUGAACAAUCCCAUCUUAGUAUUCAUCAGAGAGUUCAUACAGGAGAUAAACCUUUCACAUGCAGUAAUUAUGAAAAAUGCCUUGGCCCCAGAGUCUGAUUAUUUAUCUGAGAAUUCAUAUAGGGAAAAAAAAACCAUACAAAUGUGGUUAAUAUGACAAAUACUUUACCCAAAAAUCCAGUCUUCAUGUACAUUAGAGAAUUCAUAGAGGAGAGAAACCUUACAAAAGCAGUGAAUGUGACAAAUGCUUUACCCAAAUGUUAGCCUAGAAAGGCAUCAGAGAUUUCAUACAUGAGAUAAUACUUGCAAGUGUGAUGUACAUGAAAAAUGCAUUAACUAUAAUGUAAGUCUGACAGAUUACAUACAGUAGAGAAACAUUAUAAAUUUAUUCAA